CAGACAUGUUGGACAGGCCGGAUUCAGCCUCCAUCACCGCUUGUUGAUCGGCUCAUUGAUGUGAUUCUGCGGGACGGAUCGAUCGUUUUCAGGCUAAACAUGAAGCUCGGGAGCUCUCGGGACCAGAACCUCCUCUCUGGUGCAGCAGAAUAGCUAUGGUGUAUGGCCGGUCAUCAAACACAGUUGGUGUCAAUCCCUCCCUAUACUCACCAUCUUUCACGUAUCAGAUGUCAUUUAACUACUCUGAGAGGGAAAACACGACUGUCCUGGCAACCUCAACCACAACUCCCCUCUGCAGCCUUGAGGGCGCGUCCUCCGGCCAGCCGAACAGCACCUCCAUCUCCUAUGAGCUGACUUCGGGCGAGGUUGCUGUUUUGGGCUUGGUGUUUGGAGUUCUCUGGCUGGUGUCCAUCCUCGGAAAUGCCCUCGUCUGCCUGGUCAUCCACCGGAGCCGACGGACUCAGUCCACCACCAACUACUUUGUGGUGUCUAUGGCCUGUGCAGACCUACUCAUGAGCCUGGGUUGCGCCCCCUUCAUCCUCCUGCAGGUCGCCUCAGGACGAUGGCCGCUGAGCGCCGCUGCCUGCAAGGCUGUCCGUUACCUGCAGCACCUCUGCCCCGGUGUGCAGGUCUAUGUACUGCUUUCCAUCUCUGUAGACCGCUUCUAUACAAUUGUCUACCCCCUCAGCUUCAAGGUGUCCAGGGAAAAAGCAAAGAAGAUGAUCCUGGCCUCGUGGCUGUUUGAUGCAGCUUUUGUGUCACCCUGCCUCUUCUUCUAUGGCUCCACAUCCACAGGCAGCAGUCAUUGUGACUUUUUCCUUCCAGACAGCUGGGGCAGUAUAGCUUAUGCUGCAGUUCACUUCCUGUUUGGUUUUUUUGUCCCAGUGGCACUGAUCAUGUCAUUCUACCAGCGGGUGGUCCGCUACAUCUGGAGGAUCAGCGCUGAUGGCCACACUGUACGCCGGACAAUGAACAUCGUCCCACGAACUAAAGUCAAGACCAUCAAGAUGUUCCUCAUGCUUAAUUCAGUUUUCUUCCUCACCUGGACCCCCUUCUUUAUUGCCCAGUUGUGGCACCCAAGGGAGUCUGAUGGACCCAGUAGGCAGGGGUUACUGUUCUUUACCAUCAUCGCCUGGAUCUCCUUCAGCUCCACAGCAUCCAAGCCAACCCUGUACUCUGUCUACAAUGCAAACUUCAGAAGGGGCAUGAGGGAGACCUUCUGCAUGUCGUCCAUGAAAUGCUACCGCAGUAAUGCAUAUACCAUCACUGCGAGCUCUCGGAUGGCCAAAAAGAACUACAUUGGGGUGGUGGACAUCCCAGUGCAAGCAAAGACAGUUACCAAGGACUCGGUUUAUGACACAUUUGACCGAGAGGCAAAGGAAAAGAAGGUUGCCUGGCCCACUAAUGCCAACCCUCCCAAUACUUUUGUCUGA